CGAUCGUGGUUACACAUAGCGAUGGUGCAGCAGCGACAACGUGACGAAUGAUUCGCGCCAAGCGAGUUCCCGCGUAAAGGCAAGCUCAACGUUGAUUGGUCCAUUUCGUCGAAUCGUGUAGCUUGGUUAAGUACAGCUGGUAAGUCGGCAGAUGGCAGUAGCAUUAGGUCCGUCCGGCGCAUCGCACAAGGCGGCUCGCCAUUGUGCCCCGUGAUUGCCUGCCGAAGUUUUCGUGUUUGUGAAGGAGAAUUGAUCCGGUUUUUAGCAGUCUUCUGCGUGCCUACUAACUGUGCCGCUAUAACGGGAUUCCGUUCUCUGGUUUCGCGUAUGCAUCUCCACGGGGAAUCAAGGAUCACUGAGUUUAUACCAUAAAGGAAAUCGCGAAGAAAAUUAUCGUCGAAAAGUGACGACACAACCCACGAAUAUCCCGCCAUCUUGGAUAAAUUCGGCAGCAAGGCCUCACUGCCGAUCUGUCCCGAAGAUUACAGCGGCAAACAUCAUUAUCGGAAUAAUGAAGAGGGAAGCUGAUGCGGGCGCCAUGACAGGUUCAGGAGGGCCAACUAGUCCUCACAAACGUUAUCGACAGGGUGACGAUGAACUUCGUCUUCUCAUUCCUAGCAAGGUUGCUGGAUCUAUAAUUGGCAAGGGAGGACAGAACAUCACAAAGCUCCGAAAUCAGUACAAAGCCUCAAUCAUUGUACCCGAUUGCCCCGGACCCGAACGAGUUUUGACCAUCAGUUCCGAUCUGACGACAGUUCUUCAAGUCCUCAACGAGGUCGUACCUAAUCUCGAAGAGAAUGGUUCCCGACAUGGAAGUGACGAAAUUGAUGUACGUAUGCUGGUACAUCAGAGCCAAGCUGGUUGUGUCAUCGGCAAGGGAGGUUUAAAAAUCAAAGAACUACGCGAGAAAACUGGAGCCAGAAUCAAGAUCUACUCCAACUGCUGCCCACGCAGUACGGAUCGCUUGAUCAGCAUCUGCGGGAAACCAACGACGUGCAUAGAAUGUAUCCGCGAGUUGAGCGCUACCAUUAAAACGUCGCCGUUGAAAGGGGUGAAUAAUCCAUACGAUCCUCACAAUUUCGAUGAUUAUUAUGCAGACGAAUAUGGUGGUUAUGGAAGCGGAGAUGGCGGCCAAGGAAGAGGCGGUGGUUUUGGUCCAGGAGGCCGUGGAGGAGGAGGUGGUGGUGGAGGAGGUGGCGGUGGCGGUGGCGGUGGAGGAGGUGGCGGUGGCGGAGGUGGAGGUGGUGGAAUGCUACCUAGACGAGACAGUCGUAGUACUGGCGAUGAUAUAAAUCGUGUAUUUCCAACAUCAAGAAGUGGACCUCGUGGAGGAGCUGGUGGAGGAGCAGGUGGUGGCGGAAUGACGGGUGGUCCGAUAGAUCGUGGAUAUGCUGGUAACUCGAGAGCUGCUGGAGGUGGUGCUGGUAACGGUGGUGGUGGAUACGACGGUGGAAGGAAUGCUGGCUAUGCUGGAAAUAGGGCUGGUCCACCACCUUAUGCCACUGGAAAUUACAAUGGGGAUGGUUGGGGUAUGCAAGGUGGUGGUGCACCAAACGGUUUAAGCGGUGCUGGUAACUCAGGAAUGAGUGGUCCAUCAAUGAGUGGAAACAAUCAGGGAAAUCAAAACAAUAUGAGUGGAAACAAGACCAGUACUCAAGUCACCAUCCCUAAGGAUCUCGCAGGCGCAAUAAUUGGUAAGGGCGGAGCAAGAAUCAGGAAAAUCAGAUCGGACAGUGGCGCCUCGAUCACCAUAGACGAGCCAUUACCUGGUAGUAAUGACCGGAUUAUCACGAUAAUCGGCUUACCCAGUCAGAUACAGAUGGCUCAGUACCUUCUACAACAGAGCGUACACGAGAAUGCAGAUCAUUAUUAACGAGGAAGAAAAGAAGAAAAAAAAAAUUAAGAUUAAAAGAAAAAAGAAAAAGAAGAAAAAAAAGAAAGCAUGGGUUAAAGGAGCAGCAAAAACAUUCAGGCGGGUUUUAGAGGUGGAUGGGGGAGAGGGGGGAGCCAAAGAUACAUUUUUAACAUUUUCUAGAAACAUUUUUCUUCGGGUAAAUAAUGCAAGCGUGAAAAAGUGAAAGUAGAUACUUUUGACGAUGGACGUGUUCACAUUCAAACAUACCUGUUUUGAAAGCGAGAGAGAGAGAGAGAGAGAGAGAGAGAAAUUAAGAGAGAGAACUGAACAAUUGAGAAAGCUAAAUAGAGCGAAAGAAGGAAAGAAAGAGAGAAAAAGAGAGAGAGAAUAGAAAAAGAGGAAGAUAGAAAGAAACGCGUACAUAAUUUUUCAUAAAUCUGUAAGAAUAUUUUUUUUUCUUUAUCGAUAAAAGAAAAAGAAAGAAUCGUGGCCAAAACGAAAAAGUUUUUUUUUAUUUUGGCUCUAAUGAAAUGAUAAGAAUAUUCUUUUUUUUUCAAAGAGCUUUGAUUAUUAUUACAUAUACAUAUAUAUAUAUAUAUAUAUACAUAUAUAUAUGUAUAUUACGUAUGUAUGUAUGCAUGUUAUAUUAUAUAUAUUAUAUAUAUAUAUAUGUUAUAUAUGUAUGUAAAGAUACACAUUACUAAAGAAUAUUAAUGAUUAAUAUUACUAAUAAUUGCCAUCGAUAAAACACGAUUGACCUUAUCGGCCUAUUUCUAAAAUAGAUUAAUACCCUCAUUUUCAUGAUACAUUGCAAAUAGAAAAAAGAAGAACAAGAAAGAAGAAAAAGAACAAGAAGAAGAAGAAAAAGAAGAAGAAGAAAAUUUUCUGACGUUAAAAUGGCUUCAGAUUUGUGUCACGAAUUAUAGGAACGGAUUAUAGAAGAGAUCACAUACAUAUAUUACACAUACACACAUACACCUACAAUACAAUUUCCUGAUAAUGUUAGCGUCCUUCGAGAUAAAUAUUUUCUAAUAUUAUUACAUAUACAUAAAUGGCCAAAGAGCGUAAAAGUAAAGUUUAAGAAUCGUUAAACUUUCUAUGUGUGCGUUUUGCCGAUGGUUUUACAUACACAUAUACACAUACACACACACACGCAAAUACACACGUAAACACAUUACUUCACUCCUUCGAUAUUUUUUCUAUUUUUUACUUUUUAUUAUUAUUAUUAUUAUUAUUAUUAUUAUUAUUAUUAUUAUUAUUAUUAUAAUUUUUUUUAAUAGAUCUCUACGAUAAUUAUUCGAAAGACGAGUCGUUUCUUUCGUCAAUAUUCUUUCCUUUUUCUAAUUUCUUUUCUUUCCUAUAUAUAUAUUUUUUAUUUUUUAUUUUAUUCGGAACGUAUGCUGCGUAACGAGUCUAGCGCGCGCGCGCAUGUAUGUGUGUGUAGUUGGAUGCGCGCGUGUUCGUGUUUGUGUAUGGAAGCGUACAUCCGACUAUUCCUUUUUUAAGACGCCUAUAUGAAAUAUUGUCUUGUUUAAAGACAGCGAGAAACAGAUAAUUACUUAUUUUUAUUCUGAAUUUUUUUUCCUAAUCUUAACUACCACCGAAAAUGUACUAGAAAAAAACAAAAAUAAAAGAAGCAGAAAAGAAAGAAAAAAAUAUAUAUAUUUAUAUAUAUAUAUACACAUAAAUAUGUAUGUAUAUAUACAUACAUACAUAUAUAUAUAUAGACACACACACAUACACGCGCACACAGAAAGAGAGAGAGAGAGAGAGGGAGAGAGAGAGAGAGAGAGAGAUGAAAAAAGAAUGAAAAUCUGUAUAAAUCCAAAAGAAUUUUGUUAUCCUAUAAACAUUGCCAUUAUUAUUAUUAUUAUUAUUAUUAUUAUUAUUAUUAUUAUUAUUAUUAUUAUUAAUAUUAUUAUUAUUAUUAUUAUUAUUAUUAUUAUUAUUACUAUUACUACACUAUUCCAUUAAGAAUAUUUUUAAAAAGUCCUUCUUACACAUACACACUCACAUAUACACACACAUACUCUCUCUCUCUCCUCACUUAAUACGCAAAAGUGUGUGAUAAGAUUUUAAAUAAUCCAUUUUAAUUAGUAUAAAAGAAAAGAACAGAUUUUUUGAACUAUGAAAAAUAUCCAAAUACCGAUCGACACUCGACAUAAUCAUUUAUAAAAAAAAAAAAGAAGAAAACAAAACAGAGGGAAAAACCAAUCGUCAAAUCUGAUUUAUCUGUUUUGUAAAGAAAUCGUCCGUUGUUUAAAAACGACCACCUCCCCUUUUCUUAGAAUUAAUCACGAAGAGACUUAUAUUACCAUGCGCGCUCUACAGAGUUGAAGAAGAAAAAGAAGAAGAAGAUACAAAUCAAAACUAUUUCCUUACUACAAAAGCCGCCAUUUUGUACGAUGUUACGCGUAUGCAUUUUUUUUUCUUUUCUUUUUUUCUUGUUGUUAUUUUUUCUUCUUCAUUUGAAAAAUACUUUUAUCGUAAUAAUCAUGUUUUAUCGUGCGAGACAUACACACAAGAAACAUAUACAUAAAUAAAUAAAUAAAUAAAUAAAUAAAUAAAUGAAUAAAUAAAUAAAUAUAUAUAUACAUAUAUAUAUAUAUAUAUAUAUAUAUAUAUAUAUAUAAAUAUGUGAACAGAGAAAAUGCACACACAAAAGGCAAACCACUUUUAUCGUGUGCGUCCGCUCUGAGAGAGCAUGUGUGCGACGUGUCUAUCAAUGUGCGUGUGUAUGACGUAUGUAUGAUGUAUGUAUGCGUACGUAUAUAGUGCAUAUCGAGUAUAUAAGGAUAGAAAUGAUGAAAAGGAAAGAUGUACGAAUAAAGGUCCACGAGAUAAGAUUAUGUGCGCGAAUGAAUAUAUGAUGUGAUGCGGAGAAAGAAAAGAGAGAAAGAGAGAGGAUAAGAAAGCAUGGAAAAAAAAACAAGAAAGAAAAAUUCAGAGUAAGAGCGAAAGAGAGAGAGAGAGAGAGAGAGAGAGAGAGAGAGAGAGAGAGAGAGAGAGAGAACAUUGUUCGCUCACAUAACACGAUAUGUGUACUAUAUAAGAUAACAGUUUACAAUUAUUUGUAAUGAAUACUUUUUAUUUGUCAAAUAAAGGUUAGUACAAACAAAAUAAAA